UACGAACGUUCGCGUUCGACUGUACAACGGAGUGGCGAAAUCAUGAAUAGAUAUCUAUGUAAUCCCCGGCAAGAUGCGCCGCUGCGAGUCCUGUAUGAGCGAACCAAUUCACAGUCAUCUAUUGCGUAUAACUGCACAAACAUGCGCGCAUGCACACACGCAUACUAACGUACGUGUGCGAGGAUAUUGCUUCCAGAUGAAAGCAGUGGUCUUCCUAGUUGCGAUAGCAGCAACUAGAGCUUUGCCCCUCUCGAAGGUGCACGUGAAAUUUGUUUCCCCUCCCCAUAUUUACGAACACGGUAUUACGACAGACGGGGAUCGAACGAUCGACCAGAGAUCCUACGUCUCUAUAGGAAGACGAAGCGCAACAGGAAACCCGAGGCAGUUCGGGCACCGUCUACGAUCAACGAACAAUAACGUACCGGUAUAUAUUAAACCAGAAAAUGCGGAAUCCUUGUGGCCCGUAGGUGUAUUCAUUCCGCCGGUAGAUAUCAAUGAUCUAGGGUACAGUUCCCACGAAUCAAAACACGUGACACCCGAUUUUUCUAACGGACUCGAAUAUCACGACCCGUAUCUAUUGACUGGCGAAAAAGCGAUGUUAGCGGUGAAAUAUCUUUAUGGCUUCGGUGAACUGUUUUACGAUGACAUUCCGCACGAAAGAGCGCUCCUGAGAAAUCAAGAAGAGAGAAGACAAAACGGUCUCCAUGGUCAUAUACUAAGGAGCUUGAGGCCUUCUUCUCCGUUCUAUAGAAAGCAUUGACUAAUUAACGAUCGUAUUGAUCAUUUCCAAUCUCGCUAAUGAACGUCGCAUCUUGUUAAAGAUAAAAGACAGCGUCAAGUUUCCCCGUGUCUCCAAGAUGUGACGACAAAAAAUCGACAACGCUCCGAUAAUUUCAUUUUAUUACAUUUUAAAUCGAAUUUUAUGCAUUCUAUGCAACUUCGCUUGUAAUUUGAAAUUCUAAAAAUUAAUUAAAAGAUACAUUGUUUUCAUCGCAUUGCUCCAUCUGAUGAUAUAUCACAGCUGUAGUUGACACGUCUCGAAAAGGUAACUAGUCAAAACACUUAUCUAGUGAACCAAUCUCUCAUGUGUUUCAACGCGAAUCGCUCACAAAACAGAUGUUCCGGUAAUAUACCUAUGUAAGUACCGUUGUCGUUCGUGGAC